AUGGAUCAAUUUGAGUAUAUCAUUACUUUAGAAUUUGGAAACCAAAAUCAGGUUGAAUCCGCUUAUCAAAUUUUCAAGAGUAUUCCGAAAAAGUUGAAGGCAAAAAGUAUCGGGGAAGAAAGUAUUAAAAGUAAUAAUCAAGACUGGCAGGAUUGGAGAGUCUGUGACUUGGAAAUAGACAUGAUAACUGAUUUCAAAAAUCAAACAUCAAAAGAAGAGGAAAGUGAUUUGAUUACUUCACAAUACUUAGGCCAUGGGAUAAUAAGGCUAUUCAAGCUAAGCAAUGCCAAUAAUACUCUUAAUGAGAAGGAGAUUUUGACUAUCCCGGGAGAUGAUACUAUGAUAUGUAUCCUGUUUGUUCCAACUUAUUUUACCGUUCACGAUUUAUUGCAUUUUUAUAUUGGUGAUGAUAUUGUUAAUAAGCAAGUUUCAAACUUUCGUAUAUUACGAAAUCAGCAGAAGGGAAUGGGUUUUAAUUUCACGGUCUUAAUUAAAUUCAGGAAUGCACUUGAUGCGAAAAAUUUCAAGGAAGAGUUCAAUGGCAAAAGUUUCAGCAGGAUGGAUCCCGAAACAUGCCAUGUGAUCUCUGUAAAAGAAAUAGUUUUUCAAAAAAAGCUCUUCCAAAGACCAGCCGCUAACGAGGACUUCCCCUAUCUGCUUACUGAUCCAUUCACUGUUAAGAAAAAAAAGGAACUGGUAAAAGUCGAACUCCCCACAUGUCCCGUUUGCCUUGAAAGAAUGGAUUCAGAAACUACUGGAUUAGUAACGAUCCCGUGCCAGCACACUUUUCAUUGCCAAUGCUUAAAUAAGUGGAAGAAUUCAAGGUGUCCAGUGUGUCGACAUUCAAGUCUGCGGCUAAGCAGGGAAUCAUUAUUGAAACAGGCAGGUGAUUCCGCACAUUGUGCAACAUGUGGUUCCACUGAUAAUCUAUGGAUUUGCUUGAUCUGCGGUAAUGUUGGAUGCGGUCGUUACAAUUCCAAACACGCAAUCAAGCAUUAUGAAGAAACUUUACAUUGUUUUGCGAUGGAUAUACGGACACAAAGAGUGUGGGAUUAUGCGGGUGAUAAUUAUGUCCAUCGCCUAGUUCAAAAUGAAGUUGAUGGGAAGUUAGUAGAGGUCGGCGGCUCCGGUGACGAUGACAACAAUGAUAUAGGCAACUCCGAUGAACUACAAAAUGUUGUUUACGGGAACAGGAGCAAAAACGGUGAGAAAUCGAACUCUAAUAAAAAAGAUGGCGAGCUGGCGGCAAAUUUUUUAAGGCAUAGGGAGUAUCAUCUAGAAUAUGUGCAAGUCCUAAUAUCUCAAUUAGAGUCUCAAAGAGAAUAUUAUGAACUGAAAUUACAAGAAAAAGAUCAAACUGCGUCUGAUUCUUCGAAUGUUGAAAGUUUGAAGAAGUCUAUGGAAGAUUUGAAACUCCAAUUUCAGGUCACUCAAAAGGAGUGGCAGAAAAGGGAAAUGGCCCAGAAAUCUAAGCUUGAGGAAGAUAUGUUAGUAAUCGAAGGACUACAAGCGAACCUAGAUCACUUAUCAAAAAAACAAGAGCAGUUAGAGCGAGAAAACAAAGCGUUAGAAGAGUCUAAACAAGAUUUGGAAGAGCAAGUCAAGGACCUAAUGUUUUAUCUAGAUUCUCAAGAAAAAUUCAAAGACGCUGAUGAGAGUGUAAAAGAAGGUACCAUCCUAAUACAGCAACCACAUGGGGCAGCACAGGCAUCCAAAAGCAAGAAGAAGCGCAACAAAAAUAAAAAAGCAGGGAAAUGA